AUGGAGAGAUGCACAAAGCUGGCCGGAAUGCUCAGACCUGAUGAAAAAUCGGAACAGAGUGAAAGCGAAUCUCUACCUGAGUGGUUUCAUGGUCUCAUGUCAAGACGGGAAGCAGAUGACCUUCUGAAAAACCAGGAGACGGGCAGGUUCCUUAUCAGAUUAAGCCAAAGGACCUUUGGUUAUAUCUUGUCCUAUAAGGGGAAAGAAAGAUGCCGCCAUUAUAUCAUAAACCAGCUGAAAAAUGGGAGGCUGGUGGUGUCAGGUGACUGCUGCUCACAUAACAGUCUACCUGCGCUUAUAAGCCAUUACCAGAACUCACCUAUUGAUCCUUAUGGAGAGAAACUAACAGAAACCUUCAUCAAGUUUUCUGAUUAUAACAAAUAUGACGAGAUAAGUUCAAUAAAUGAAGACAAGAAUAGUUUGAGAAAUGCCAAUUCUCUUCCUCAAAAGAAGAUGCCAGACACCCCCCUUAAAAAUAAGAGAGAGGGGAAUGCCCAAGAAAAACGCACUGGGUCCCGUGGUGAAGACACUGCACCACCAUUACCAGAAAGAAGCAGCAAUCUGCUUGAAGAUGCGGAAGAUGAUGAUGAUGAGGUGUAUUCCAAGCCUAGGAAAUGCCUAGUGGGAAGCCCCAGUAAUGCCAGUGGCCUAACAGUGCCAGCAAAGCAACAAGAGCACAAGUCAAAAGAAGGGGUUUAUUCUCAAUGUCAGAAAACUGAUGUUGUCUAUUCGUUGGCAAAAGAGGCACAAGUUAAUCGAAAGAACAUGUUGAAGAAUAACAUUCCACAGGUUGUGUAUUCUGAAGUAAUGUUGGACAAGAGCCUACCUUUUGCGCUGGGGCAUUUACAGAGCUCCUCCCAUUCUUCAUCGACAAGUCAAGAAGCUCAGAGAGUAGAUACUAAAGUAAAAGAAGUUUCACAAUAUAAAGUUCUGGAAAUGAAAUUUGCAUCAUCGCUCCAGUGCACAGACAUGGUUAAUACAUUUCGUAAUGCAGCAUUGAAUGGCCCCCUGUUGCAUGGAAGAGUUGAGAUGGCUGCUGGCUCUUCCAUGCAUUCUGCCACAGUUUCCCAAUCUGAUCUUGGGAGUACAUAUGAACAAAUACCGUUUAAGCGUUUAAAUGCCAUGGGUGAUUGCCAUUCUAUGGACCAAAUAUCCAAUAUCUCAAUUUCUUGCAAAACCACCACCCAAACUUCCAAGGAGGUCAUAUCUGAAAACUUAUAUGAAAGGGUGCCUCUUCAGAGCACAUUGGAAGAUAACACUUAUGAGAUGGUUACAAGAGGUUUUACAGAGCCUACAGUGAAAAAACAGAAUGUAAUUCGGAAGGGGACGCAGAUGCCCAGCAGGGUCCCCUUGGCGGUACAAGCACGGGUAAGUAGUGGACUCCUGCAGAAGUGA